AUGGCAAUUAUCUUCCACUACAAAACUAUACUCUUGUCUUUAUUUUCUCUAUUAUGCUUUGCCUUCACUUCUUCUUAUAUCAUACCCAAAUUUCCUUCUUCACUAGUGAGUCCAGAAGUACAACAACUUUCUGCUUCAUCUCAAAAUGGUUUCUAUAGAACAAAAUUCUUCACACAAAUACUUGAUCACUUCAAUUACAAUCCACAAAGCUAUCAAACUUUUCAACAAAGGUAUCUCAUCAAUGAUACUUAUUGGGGAGGUGCCAAAAAGAAAGCUCCAAUCUUUGUCUACAUGGGUAAUGAAGGAGACAUAGAAUGGUUCACACAAAACACUGGCUUUAUGUUUGAAAUAGCACCAUAUUUCAAUGCCCUCUUGGUUUUUAUUGAGCAUAGAUACUAUGGAAAAUCAAUACCAUUCGGAGGAAAUGAAGAGGUUGCAAAUAGAAAUAGCAGCACACUUGGAUAUAUGAGCUCCACACAGGCAUUAGCUGAUUAUGCAACUCUCAUUAUCGAUCUCAAGAACAAUUUGUCAGCAACUGAUUCGCCUGUUAUCGUAUUUGGAGGAUCAUACGGAGGAAUGCUAGCUGCAUGGUUUAGGUUGAAGUAUCCACACAUUGCCAUUGGAGCUUUGGCAUCAUCUGCUCCAAUCCUUCAAUUUCUUGAUUUGGUUUCACCAUAUACAUUCACUAACAUUGUAACACAAGACUUCAAGAGUGGGAGUGAGAAUUGUUACAAAGUGAUUAAAGGAUCUUGGAAACAAAUAGAACAUAAAGCCAAUACAUCAGGAGGAAUAGAACAGUUACGGAAAUCAUUCAAAAUAUGCGAGAAUAAUACAAUAAGUGCUAGUGCUUUGAAAAAUUGGCUUCGUUCGGCUUUUUAUUACACAGCCAUGACAGAUUAUCCAACACCAACAGAUUUCAUAACUCCCCUGCCAGCUUAUCCGGUCAAAAAGAUGUGUGAGGCAAUUGAUAGUAUUUCAAGUGGAAACGACACGUUCACCAAAUUAUAUGGUGCAGCUAAUGUCUUCUAUAACUAUACUGGAACUGUUCCAUGUUUUGAUAUUGCUAGUGAUUCUGAGGAUUCUACUCUUUAUCGAGGUGGAUGGGAUUGGCAGGCAUGUACUGAAAUGAUAUUGCCCCUAGGUGGGAACAAUGAAGAGAGCAUAUUUCCAGCUUACAAAUGGGAUUUGGAAGACACAAUUUCUUAUUGCAAAAAUGAAUAUGACAUAGUGCCAAGACCCCAUUGGAUUAUUACUGAGUUUGGUGGUAAAGAUAUUGGAAGAGUACUAAAAAGGUUUGGGAGUAACAUCAUAUUUUUCAAUGGUUUAAGAGACCCAUGGAGUGGUGGAGGGGUAUUGAAGAAUAUAUCAAAAACUUUAAUUGCUAUAGUUGCAAAAGAAGGAGCUCAUCAUGUAGACUUGAGGUUUUCAACUAAAGAAGAUCCAGAAUGGCUAAAGAAUGUAAGGAAACAAGAAGUAAAGAUCAUUGCAACUUGGAUAACACAAUAUUUUCAAGACCUACUAUACUGA